GGUCGCGGCCGGCGUGCGGCCGGGUCGGUUGGCAGUUGGCGAAGGGUGACGGGCGUGUGCGAGGCGCUGUCGCGGUGUCUGUGAGCCUCACGGAGAAUGUGAUAGUGUCCGUCGCGGUGUGUCAGUUGUGACGAUCUCUCCGGCCAUGGACCGCCGCUGGAGGUUAGGUUGUGUGUGCGGCGCCUCUGUACUGCUGUGCGCCGCCCUGGUGACCGCUCAGACCGCUCCGGGCCUGGUGACGUUCAAAGGCAGCUCGUAUGUGAGGGUGACAGGCGGCGCCGGGGAGCUGCGCGGCCUCACCGGACUGAGUUUCCGCUCGUGCGGCGCCGGCUCGCUGCUCGAGCAGCACGGCCAGGCCGACAGCCUCGAGCUUGACCUGCUGGCCAACGGCACGCUGCGGCUCAUAGUGCGCGCCGCCGGCCAGGACUUUGAGGUGGCCGCCGGCGCCGGGCUCAACGACAACCGGUGGCACCGAGUCGAGCUGAGCCACCGGCUGGGCCGGCUGACACUGCGCGUGGACGGCAGGGAGGCGGCGCUGGUGGCCUCUGAGCGGCCGCCGGUGCGCGCGCCCGUGCUGGCCGCCGCGCUGGCCGCCUCCGACCAGCUGAUCGGCAGGAACUUCAAGGGCUGCCUGCUGAGCGGGCCGAACGUGCCGCUCGAUGACCGCUCGGCGCAGGACUUCCGCGUGGAGCGCGGCCGCUGCACGCUGCCCGACACAGAGAGCUGCGAGGGCUACAACGACGGCGACCCGUCGCCGUGCUUCUACCAGCCGUGCCGGCACGGUGCGCGCUGCACGCCGCUGGCCGGCGGCACCGACUACAUGUGCAGCUGCACGCGCCGCUACGAGGGCCACGACUGCGAGAUCGACGCAGGUCCGCUGUGCUCCCGGCCGGAGCACCUCUGCGAUAACGGCGGCGUGUGCCAGGAGGACUGGACCGGCGAGCGGACCGUCUGCCUGUGCCCCGAGGGCUUCUCGGGCGAGCGCUGUGAGGUGUCGGUCCAGCCGUGCAUCACCAACCCGUGCCAGAACAACGGUCACUGCGGCAUGACCAACGGACGGGAGACCUGCACCUGUACCAUCGGUUUUACGGGCACGUUCUGCGAGGAGCCGGUGGACGACUGUGCCGUCAUGGAGCAGCCCUGUCUGCACGAGGGAGAGUGUAUCGACAAGGACAACGGCUUCAUCUGCGACUGCCGCGGCACGAGGUACGACGGCGAGCGGUGUGAGAACAACGUCAACGAGUGUCUGCCGUCGCCGUGUCAGAACGGCGGCACCUGCUUCGACCAGUUCCCCGACUACAUGUGCGCCUGCCCGCCCGGGUGGGAGGGAGCCCACUGCGAAAAGGACAUAGACGAGUGCGCCGUGCAGCCGUGUCUGAACGGCGGCAAAUGCGCCAACCUGCAGGGCGGCCACCGGUGCGCCUGCCGCGCCGGGUUCGCCGGCGCCGACUGCGCCAUCAAUGUCGACGAGUGCACCACGGCUGUGUGCCCCGAGAACUCGGACUGCGUGGACGGCGUCAACGGACACGACUGCGUCUGCCGGCCAGGCUUCUCAGGCUCCAAUGGCACGUGCACGCCGGUGAGCUCGUGCGAACCGAACCCGUGCCUGCACGACGGCGUGUGCAGCCAGAACGGCGACGGACAGGUGAUCUGUUACUGUGAGCACGGAUUCUCAGGCCCACUGUGCGCCUCGGUGCUGACCGUCCCGGAGCUGCCGCCGACGCUGCCGGCCGAGUCCAGCCUGCCGCUGCGUCUGGGGCCGCGCCAGGGACCCUCCGCGUGCAGCUCCUCGCCGUGCGCCAACGGGGCCAACUGUACGGACACGGAGGAGGGCGGGUUCCGCUGCGACUGCGCGCCCGGCUUCACGGGCGACACCUGUCUACAGACCGUCAGCUGCGUGACUAGCGGCUGCCAGAACGGCGGCACCUGCCAGCGGGACGCCGCCGCGCCCGUCUGCCUCUGUCCAGAGGGGUUCUCAGGCGAUCUCUGUGACCAGACCAGUAACGCGUGCGACCGACAGCCGUGUAUGAACGGCGCAGAGUGCGUGGUCACGAGCAACGACGUGGGCUACUACUGCGAGUGCCAGUCCGGGUUCGAGGGUCUCGAGUGCGAGCACAACAUCGACGAGUGCCGGGGCGUGCAGUGCGCCGCCGGCCAGCAGUGCUUCGACCUGGUGAAUGGCUACGAGUGCCGCUGCCCGGACGGCUUCGUCGGCGAGCUGUGCGACCAGAACGUGGACGACUGCGCCGACAGUCCGUGCCAGAACAACGGCACGUGCGUGGACAGCGUCAACGACUACCAGUGCAUCUGCCCGCCCGGAUACACGGGCCGUAACUGCACUGACGACCUGGACGAGUGUGAGGUCAGUCACCCGUGCGUGCACGGAAUCUGCCAGAACACAGUGGGCUCCUACCAGUGCUACUGCCGACCUGGCUUCCUCGGAGACCACUGCAACCUCGACUACGACGAGUGUCUCUCGCAGCCCUGCCUCAACAACGGCACCUGCGAGAACCUGGUCAACGGCUACAACUGCCAGUGCGCGCCCGGCUUCACCGGGAAGAACUGUGAGGAGAACAUUAACGAGUGCGCGCCGGACCCGUGUCAGAACGGGGCCACCUGUGUUGAUAAGAUCGCCAGCUUCGAGUGCGUCUGUCUGGCGGGCUUCACCGACGAACUGUGCCAGACCAACAUCGACGAGUGCGAGUCCUCGCCGUGUCUCAACGACGGCGUGUGCGUGGACGGAAUCAACGAGUUCACGUGCGACUGCACCGACACGGGAUUCCGUGGCGACACGUGCGAGGUGAACAUUGACGACUGCGAGCCACGUCCUUGCCAGCACGGCAGCACGUGUGUCGACCUGGUGAAGGAUUACCGCUGCGAGUGCCACCCGGGAUUCACAGGGAAAAACUGCGAGACCGACAUUGCCGAGUGCGACUCUGCACCCUGUCAGAACGGAGCCACGUGUGUGGAGCGUUCCAACAGCUCUCUGUACCAGCUGCCGGCGCCGGUACCGGGCCUGCCGGACUCCUACGACUUCUCCACGGCCGGCGGCUACCUCUGCCUCUGCGUGCCCGGCUACACUGGCGCCGACUGCGAGACGGAUAUCGACGACUGCGCCUCGUCACCCUGCCAGAACGGCGACUGUACCGACGGCGUGAACCAGUUCUCGUGUCAGUGCUGGGACGGCUACGAGGGUGAGCUGUGCCAGACGGAAAUCGACGAGUGUGAGCGCUACCAGCCGUGCCAGCGCGGCACCUGCGAGGACCGCGUGGCCGACUACGACUGUCUCUGCGAGGAGGGAUUCGGCGGCAAGAACUGCUCCGUGGAGCUGACCGGCUGCCUGGACGUGACCUGUCUGAACGGCGGCACCUGCGUGCCGUUCGUGGUGAACGAGACCGAGCACGGCUUCCGCUGCCGCUGCCCGGCCGGCUUCUACGGCCAGCUCUGCCGCGAGGAGACCACUGCCUCGUUCGACGGCACGGCGCACGUGCAGGUGUUCUCGCCGGCCGACACGGACAGCUACACGCUCAGCCUGCGGUUCCGCACCACACUGCCGGACGGCCUGCUGGCAGUGGGUCAGAGCGAGCCCGCCGCAGACCCGGCCGGGGAGGACAGCGGCCUCAGCGGCACCGGCGAGGGCUCCUUCUUCCGCCUCCGGCUGAGCGGCGGCGCGGUGAACUUGUUCAGCUCGAUGCAGAGCGACCAGCGCGGCCUGACGGUCGGCGCCGACCUGCACGACGCCGCCUGGCACCACGUGCUGAUGACGCUGAACGGCUCCACGGCGGCGCUGGCGGUGGACGGCGCCGGCGCCGACCAGCCGCUGCGCGUCUCCUCCUCCGAGGACACCCGGUUCGCCAGCACGCUGCUGGGCCAGGCGGCACACAGCCGGCUCCAGCUGCUGUUCAACACCAGCGGCUUCGUGGGCUGCAUGCAGGACAUGGUGGUGGACGGCGUGACGGUGGUGCCGGCGCUGCUGGCCGCCGAGCAGCAGCACAACCUGACGCUCGGCUGUCCCAGGACCCAGCAGUGUGAGCCGAGCCCGUGUAUGAACGACGGCGCCUGUGUGGACCUGUGGAGUCAGUACCGCUGCGACUGUGUGCGACCUUUCCUCGGCGCCGUCUGCGAGAAAAAUAUUACGGCGGCCACGUUCAACCACGAGACCUCGCAGGACUCUCUGGUGUCCGUCUCCGUGGAGCCGCAGUUCUCCGACUCUCUGGCUCAGUUCGUCGACCUGUCUCUGUUCGCGCGCACCAGGCAGCCGACCGGUCUGCUGUUCUACCUGGGCUCGGACACCUCGGAGGUGCUCUCCUCGGGUGGGAUACCUACCUACCUGGCGGCCGAGCUCAGCGGCGGCCAGCUGCUGGUCCGAGUCAAACUGGACGCGGAGGAGGAGGUGCUGGACGUUCCCGGGCCGCGGCUCGACGACGGCGUCAACAACCUCGUCAGGGUGGUCCGUAACGGCAGCUCGCUCUCGGUCUCUGUGAACGGCGAGGAGCGUCUGGAGGCGACUCUCGGCUCCGGCGGCGACCUGGCCGCCUCCAUCCUCUAUCUGGGCCACGUGCCGGAGCCGGUGCGCCGCCGACGCCGGCAGCUGGAGCGCGACGCCAGAGACGAGUUCAAGGGCAGCAUCCAGGACGUCAGGGUGGUGAACAGCGCGGGUCAGGUCCGCCUGGUGGAGUUUUACCCUCUGCUGGACCCCGAGCUGCGCCUGCCGCCGCCGCUGGGGGAGGUGACCGGUAACCGGGUGCUGGCCGGAUCGGUCAGUGACGACACCUGCCGCGAACAGCCGUGCAGCAACAACGGCAACUGCACCGUCACAUGGAACGACUUCAGCUGCGCCUGUCCGCGCGGCUACAAGGGCCACACAUGUACCGAUCUGGAGUACUGCGUGUGGCACCAGUGUCCGGCCGGGGCCGAGUGCCGAGACCUCGCUGACGGCCACGAGUGCGUCACCAACGUCACCUUCAACGGCGCCAACAGUUCGGCGGCGUACUCUGCGCUGCUGGGCGGCGCGGCGCCGCUGCCGGCCUCCCUGUCGGUGGUAUUCCGGAGCCGGGCCGGCGGCCGGCUGCUGUCGCUGGCCGCCGGCGCCGUGUCGCUGCAGCUGACGGCCGAGGGCGCGCUGCUGCGCUGGGCCGACCAGCAGCUGACCGUGGCCGCCGAGCAGCCGCUGCUCUCCGGCGAGUGGCGCACGCUGCUCCUCGAGUGGGACGCCGCCGAGCUGCGGCCGACGCUGGACGGCGCGGCGCUGCCGCCGCUGGCGCUGCCGGCGCCGCUGCAGCUGCAGACCCUGCUCACGGGCGGACAGGUAGUGCUGGGCGCCGACCCGGCGGCCGCCGACCCGGCACCGCCCUACCGCGGCUGUCUGUCGGCCGUGCGCAUCGGCGGCGUGCUGCUGCCGUUCCUGGCUGACGCGGCCGUCAACAGCUCGGCCGCCGACCGGUUCGUGGUGCGUGAGCCGCUGAUGUCAGUCGAGCCCGACUGCACCGUCUGCUACCAGCACGAGUGUCGCAACAACGGCUUCUGCGCGGCGCCUCAGCAGCAGUUCGAGUGCACCUGCCCUGCCGGCUUCAACGGCUCCACGUGCGAGCACAACAUCGACGAGUGCGCGCUGGGCAACGACUGCACCAACGGCGCCACGUGCCGCGACGGCAUCGACGAGUACACGUGCGACUGCGUUCCCGGCUACGUGGGCGCCUUCUGUGAGACGGAGAUUGACGAGUGUGCGCCGCAGCCGUGCCAGCACGGCGCCACCUGCCUCGACCAAAUCAACAACUACACCUGCGUCUGCACAGACGAGUACAUCGGCCGCAACUGCGAGCAGAUGAAAAUCGUCAACUGCACACACGACCCGUGCCGUAACGGCGCCACGUGUCUGGACGUGUUCGAGGGCGCGCUGGCCGUCAACUACACGUGCCAGUGCCCGUUCGGGUUCGACGGACGCGACUGUGAGCUGGUGACGGACUUUUGCGAGUCGUCACCGUGUCUGAACGGAGCCACCUGCACGUCACGGCCGGGAGAGGGAUUCCUGUGCCAGUGCGCGCCCGGCUUCGGCUCGGAGACUUGCGACGUGAACAUUGACGAGUGCGCCUCGUCGCCGUGUCUUCACGGAGGCACCUGCGUCGACCAGGUCAACAUGUUCGUCUGCAUCUGUCCAGAAGGCUGGACGGGCCGCCGCUGUGACGAGGACAUUCCCGAGUGCCAGUUCCCGAUCUGUCGGAACGGCGGCAACUGUACAGAGCUGGAGGGCAGCUUCGAGUGCACCUGUCCAGAGGAGUUCUGCGGCAAGGUGUGCGACCUCGACAACCACUGCUUCGGAAAGACGGAGGAGGAUGGCUGUAAGAAUGGCGGCAUCUGUGUGCCCUACUGCAUGGGCGACCCCAACAACUACGGCAUACACAACACCACGUGUCAGUGUGUGGACGGCUACUCAGGCCCCACCUGCGAGGAAAAGUCUCAGACCGGUCAGAUUGUGAUGGUGGUGGCACCUGUACUGGGCAUCCUGCUACUAGCCGCCAUCGUUGGCAUGGUGAUAUUCACCACGAUGGCCAAGAACAAGCGGGCCACGCGCGGCACCUACAGCCCGAGUCGACAGGAGAUGUUUAACCCGCGCGUCGAGAUGGGUAACAUGAAGAAGCCGCCGCCCGAGGAGCGACUCAUCUGACGUGCCACUCCCCUAGAGGCGGAGGACACCCCUCCACGGGCAGCCUCGCUGGAGGCACAGUAGCCAUGGCAGCUUCCGAACGGGCUACCUCUCGGGUGGCGUCCGUUCAGCAGCUUCAGACUCGGGACGCGCCCGGCCAGCAGUCUCAAAGACAAGCGGCGUCAAAGACUGUAUCGGUAGCGCCACUCUACAGCUGACAGUUGUCUGCGUUCGCUGGCGCCUGGGCCCGAACCUCCCCCUGAGAGGGGGCGCUCUGACCCGUGACGGCGGCCCCGUGACCCGACCUGGGUCAACCCGCGCCGGCCAGACAGGCUGCAUUCCAGGUUGUCGUCCGUUGUGAUAGUGACGUUUUCGAGUGAGUGAUGGAGUGAGUGAGAGGGUGAGUUGUUGGGCAGGUGAGCGACACAGGGCCUUACCGCAGAUAGUGUGUCGCUCGCGUCUGAACUGUACGGAGGGUAACCUCCGCCGACAAACAUUUUAUUUCCGGCGACCCUGCCGUGUGAGCGUUGUGACAUUGUGACUGUGGGUGAUCUUAUUUGACCACAUGUGACCUUAUUUGAUAGAGCGACGGCUGGGUGAGGCCAGCUCGGGGGCUCGGGAGAGGGGACCAACUGUUGGAAUGUUCUGAGGACCAAUGCGAGUGCCAGCGCUGUUUUUACUCUGGGUGGGUCGAUCUGAGGGACUGAGGGGAAGGGACAGAGCCGACGAACCCUGUAUGCAUUCCAAGAGACUGUGUGUGCCAACGGUCCGUCCUUUUCAUAAUAGUGCUCGGUGCGUGCGGAGUAGGUCACCGGCUGGAUUAUGCGCGAAACGCGGUGAAUUUAGGCGCUGCUCCACUUGUUUUGGCUGCUUUUGCGGCCGGCUGGAGGUAGAAUCAUGGUUUGGGCAGGGCACGGACGGCCUCCCGACGGGACAGCGAUCCCGUGUGACCAGUAUGGAGCCGCGGCCGGUCGGCGGGCGGCGCCGGCUGGCGGCCCGCCCCCUCAUUUCCGUCCAUUGCGUGUCAGUGUCAGUGUCAGCGGUGGCACCGUGACCCUCUCAGUGCCGGUAUCUGUCCGACAUACGCCUCUCACAUUCCCACUGCGAGCGGCUCCCGUUUUAUACCGACUGGCGAGCUACAAUAUAUAAAACAUGUACUGUG